GGCAAAGUGGCCGGUAAAAGGCUUUAACUGUGUCUAACUUACUACAAAACUUUGUCAGUGGGAUCUCUUACACAGUAACACGAAGCUGAACGUGGAGGAGAUGAGCAAUCAAGAGGUAGUCACAGUAAAUGUUGGAGGUACGAAGUUCACCACAUUUCCCUCAACGUUGAUGAGAUUUCCAGAGUCCAGGCUGGCGCACAUGUUGGAUGGCAGUGAUCGUGAGUUUAGGAUAGUGAAUGGUCAAGUCUUUGUAGACAGAGAUGGGACUUUGUUUAGCUAUAUUCUUGAUUUCUUGAGGACGUCCCAGCUCUCCCUACCUCCUGACUUCUCAGAUUACGAGAGACUGCAAAGAGAAGCAGAAUUUUACCAACUUCAAAACCUGGCAGAUUUGCUUGGCCAUGAAAGCUUUUAUCGGCCUAGACUGGAGAUCCUGGAAGUGCGAUUUCUUGUCCAGGAAACACACUCUUAUUUCCGCAUCUUUUGCUCAUGUAGUAGCACUAUUGAAAUGCUGGCAGACCGGGUUAUAAUGUAUGUGGAGCAACCGAUCGGAGGACAGAGCUGGACCUUUCCAUUCUCGGCACAAAAACCACUGGCACCGGCGCCUCUACAAAGACCCUCACACCAUGACCUCAUAUUCCAGUGUGGAACAGACUAUGCCACUGGAGAUCAGUUUGGAGCCAGGUAUAUCUCCAUAAAACCUGAUCAAAGGAAACUGUUAAAUGGGACCAAUGUCCUCGGACUCUUGCUGGAUAUUUUACUAAAGGAGGGCUUCAGUCUGAUUAGCACUAGGUCUGUAGCAUCUGAAGAGAAGGUGGAGUGCUAUACAUUUCAGAGGAAGAAAAGAGCAGAAGUGUUCACAGUUAAUGAAACUCCUAAACCGGAAAACAAUGUACAUAUACAAGGGAAGCAAGGCAAGUCGAACAAAAAGAGAUGAAGCUUGCCCGGUCAUGAACAUAUAAAGAAGUCUUGUUAUCCAGCAACCAUUUCAUCAAUACCAUUUUACCAUUCUAUCACAUCAUUUUAGGUAUACUGAUGAGGUGUUACUUUAUAGACAAUGCAAUGUCAUCCAAGGGUGACCUUGUAUGGACAUGUUAUGUCCGGACUAUAAUACUGCUAAUACAGUUAGUUGAUAGCUAUGAUGGACUUUGCACAAGGAAGCAGGUUAUCAGCUCUUUGCCCCAACAUGAUUUCGUCUACACUAUGCUAGCAAAACUAUAGAUUGAUUUUUAGAAUAUUAUUUGCUAUCGUGCCAUUAUCAUAGAGUUUAGAAUUUUAGUUACGCUGAUCAGAAAUGUGUGCACCUGCAGCAAAUCCCACAAUGCACAUGUCCAGAAUGCUAUAUGAGCAGCUGAAAUCAGGAACUGAGUCGUGUGCCAUGUGGGAUCCACCCUUUGUCAGUCAGUGAUG